AUGCCGCCCUCAGCGAUGCCCUCCCGUCGACCCGGGGCGACGCUCCUGACGCGCCUUGCCUCGCUGCUGCUGCUGCUGGCAGCCGUCCUGGGCAUCUCCCGCCUGCCAGCGCCGGCAGCGGCAGCCACCUCGGCGGCGACCCACGACGGCCUGCGCCAGCUCACCUCGAGCAACUUCACCCUCACGCAGAACGGCGCCUGGCUCAUCGAGUUCUUCUCGCCCUCGUGCAUCCACUGCAAAAAGUUUGGUCCGACGUGGUCGGAGCUCAGCCAGAACAAGGACCACCUCCGCACCCAGUACCCGGAGGCGCCCUUUACCCUGGCCCAGGUCAACUGCAUCGCCCAGCGCGACCUGUGCACCGAACAGGGCGUCGAGUUCCUCCCGCGCCUCACCAUCUACCAGGACGGCGUGCAGCACCAGGGCGAGUACAAGGGCGACCGCAACUACGCCGAGAUCGCCGCCUACAUCGACAAGCACGCCGCAGAGUACCGCGCCAAGAAGGGCAUCGCCGACAAGCAGUCGGCCUCGGUCGUCGAGGCGAACAAGGGCGCAGCAGCGGCGGUACCCGCCCCGGCAGCGGCAGCGGCAGCACCACCGCCCCAGUCUCAGCAACAGCCCGCUGCGGCCGCCGUCCCUCCUGCCUCUCCGCCUCCACCGCCGGCCGCUGCAGGUCUGCCGAUCCAGCCCACCACCGCGCCGCCCGACGAGCAGCUGCCGGCGGGCCCCAACCCCAAGGGCGAGCUGAUCAGCUACGGUGGCUCCGAGAUCCCCACGCCCGAAGCGCUCGCCCAGUGGCUCGGCAAGGGCUCCGGUCAGGGCCCGACGUUUGUCAAGUUCUUCGCUCCGUGGUGCCCGCACUGCAAGAACAUGGCCGCCGCCUUCAAGCAGGUCGCCGCCUCGCUCAAGGGCCACGUCAACGUGCUCGAGGUCGAUUGCGUCGCCCAUGGCGCCAUCUGCACCAAGUACAAGGUCAACGGCUACCCGACGCUCCGGAUGUACAACGACGGCAACCCGAUCGAGUACAACGGCGGGCGCAACCACGACGCCAUGCUCCAGUGGGCGUCCAAGGCCGGCGCCGCCGUCGGCAUGCGCAACCUCGACUCGGUCGCCGCCCUGACCAAGGCGGCCAAGGCCGACGAGGUCUUCUUCCUCUACCUCCACUCGCCCGCCACGACCAAGCGCGAGAUUGACAUUGUCGACCGCGCCACGCGCGUCCUCGCAGGCAGCCCGGCGUCGGCCUACGUCUCGUCCGACACGGGCCUGCUGGAGCGCUACGCCGAGUUCCUCGCCACCGACUCGAGCCGCACGGUGCCGGCGUCGUCUGCGCUGCUCGUGUUCAAGGACCACAGCACCAUCCAGCCGACGGCCGCCUACCACCCUUCGUCGUCCGUUUCGUCGUCGAUGUCGGUCGAGGAUGCUGUCGAGGACGUGACAAAGUGGGUGCACACGGAGCGGUGGCCGCUGAUGACGGAGCUGACGGGCGCCAACUUUGACGAGGUGCUCGACAACGAGAGCGGCGCAUACGUCGUUGUGGCGGCGCUGAGCGACGUGCACCACCACGGGCGGCAGUCGACCGACGUCGUCGAGGGGACAAAGGAGCGCGACCGCGAGCUGAUGGCGGUGCGCAGCCUGUCGCUGGGCUGGAGGGAGAACUUGGCGGCCAAGUCGCCGGCCAAGGUCAUCUGGGCCUGGAUCGACGCCGACCGGUGGGCGACGCAGCUGCGGAAGCUGUACGGCAUCAAACCGCUCGACCUGCCGCACCUGCUGCUGGUCAACGGGGCGCGCGAAGAGUACUACGAGCUGCCGUCGCAGAGGCCCGACGGGUUCGGGACAUGGACGCCGCGGGAGCGGGUGUACGAGACCAUCGCCGGGGCGGUGCGCGGCGAGCUGCCGGCCAAGAGCAGCCGCAGCAUGCUCGACCGCGGCAUCCGGGGCGCGGCGGCGGGGACGGGGGCGGUGAUUGACACGUCGAAGCAGCACCCGCUGUCGUCGUUUGCGUUUGUCGCCUUCUUCAUGGCCGUGCUCUUCUGGGGGCUGCGCAGGGCGUCGGCCGAGUCUGGCGGCGCGCUGGGCUCGAGCCUGCCGCUGUACAACGGCAAGGCAGCCGCCGGGGUCAAGGCCGACUGA